CCCAAUCAGUUGACUCUUUUCUUUCCUCUCCUCCAAAGCUCGGAAGCAAUCAUCUAGCUUUUCUUUUCCAGUAAGACGUUUUCAAUUAUUUUCAGCUUCAAGUUUGUGCAGAAGGUGCUAAAAUAGAAAAAUUUGGAGAUGAUGGCUUCUGCCGCUGGGGCUGGUUCUUCUUCAAGCUUGGAUCGCCUUAAUUCUGCGCUGAAACGCAUAAAGUAUCGCUCGGUCAUCCUGUCAAAAGUCACAAAUGAUUGGGAAUUUUUGGCAAAACUUUGGAAAUCCGGUCAUGAGAGGAGUGAAGCCGCUACAGAUGAGGAGAAGAGGAGUAUGGACAUCUGCCUCAAGAUUGAAGCAACAGCCGAGGAGAUUGCCCAGGAACUUACUCGUUUCCGUACAGAAAAGAUGGUGGAUGAUCACCAUAUAAAAGAUGAAGAAGCCCUAAACGAAUUAGCCCAUGAUUGUGGAACAAAAACCAAGCGCUUGAUUGCUAAAGUUGCAGAAGCUCUUGACCGUUUGUACUUGAUGUGGUCAAGAGGAGGCGGCGGCGGCAGCAGCGACAGCAGCUCAUUUGUAUUUGAUGACUCCUUUUGCAAAUAUUUACUACUGUAUGUACGGUCAACUGUGUCCUUGAUGGCAGCUAAUCACUGGGGUUAUGAAGAUUCUGGUGUAAUGAUCCAUUUCCAUUCCUUGUAUUAUAAUACAAGGAACAUCGAACAUUACCUUGUUUCAUUAUUUCAUGCCCGCAAAUUCCUGGGAUCAGGAGCAACAACAGAUGCUCGUGGGCUGCCUAGUUUUGAUGCUUGCGUUGGCCAUGUUUUAUCCCUGGCCCUACGGAUUGCAAGUUGGUGUAGUGAUUGCUGGUUAAAUUGCAAGGCAGGCCGAAUCCAGGUGAUGAAAAGAGAGCUGGUUGAGUUCCUGGUGAAUCUGCACAAUGAAAUUCAUCCUAGUAAUCCCAAAUUCAUGGGUUUCCAUCUCAAUUUCCUUAUGGCUCUCUCGUGUUCCGAGACGGUUGCGUUUAAUGAUUUUCUGCGCAGUUUUUGCGACUAUCUAUUUUGUGGUAGAGAUGGACAUUUUCGACACAAGGUGUUUUCACUGUUACAGCUCUUUCUCUACGCUACUUCUGUACUGGAUGAUGAGGACACAGCACGAAGUUUCAUUCCAGAAAUUCAUGCAGUGCUAGUAGAGAUGGCAUCUAUAUUUGAAUCAACUGGUCGUAAUGGGAAAAAACUGGACAACUCACCACGCUGUUCUGAGUUGCUUACAAAGAUUUGUCUUCUUGAAGCAGAGCUUUUCCUUGUGGUGCAAAUCCAUGGCACGAAAAGGAGUAGAAACAUUUCUUCCCUUUCCUCCAGUAUGCUUCCCGAUUUUGACAAUAUCAUGGACAAUUGUAGACAAAUCCCCAAAAGUCUGCGCACAUAUUCUGAGAAGUUGCCAUUGGGAACGAGAUUAGAUGGGAAAAAAUUGUUGGCACUGAUUGAAUCAACAUUCAAGGAGGAAAAAACUCUCUACGAGUCAUCUAGGCGCAAGGAAAUCACAGCAUCUGCAGCGAAAAACUCACUUCUAUUACUUCGUUUUAAGAUUGUGAUUUUCAAGGGAGAGUCAUUUCUGACUGAGCUGUUACUUCUAAAGGGCAGGAAUGACGAAAGGCUAGUAGCUCGUGGGAAAGAUAAAAUGAAACUCCACCUUCAGAAGUUUGAGUAUAUCACACUAAUUCUCUCAGACGAGAGAAUUAAGAACAGGGAUGUAUUAGAAGCAAUUGGAGAAUCCCUUAGGAGGCUGACAUGUUUCUCUUACUAUUUCCUUAACACACGAGAUGAAAUGACCAACCUUCCAAUUUCUGAGCUGUUAGAUGAGGCGAAGCAUUUGACCAAGGCAAAGCUCACAGAGAUUAUCCCUAAAUUUCCAAAGUUUGAUUUCCCCAAGUCUUCCAAUCUGAAUUUCAUUGAUUUUAUAUGGAGAAACCUUGGGGAACCGCUGAAAUAUAAUCCUGCAUCAACUGCAUUGGCGAAGCACCACAUGGAAGAGAUUCAAAUACAUCUCCAGUCAUUGAAGUCUUCUCUUGAGAAUGUUUCACAGUUGGACAUUGAUGAGCAUCCAGAGCUAGAAGAUCUUGUUGAUCGAGUCACUGAUUCGGCAUAUAAAGUGGAGUACAUAGUUGAUUCAAUUGAGCUUGAUGCUCAAUGGCAGUAUUUCUUCUGGUUGGACAAUGUGCUGGAGGAGUUGAGACUUCUCAGCGAGAAGGCCAGGAAAAUUCAUUUGACAACUCCUGAUGCAACAGUCCAAGAAUCCAAAAAUGUCACUCUGGUUUCACUUGACAGGUCAUCAAGAAACAGUACAACAGCAAUUGACGAAAUUGUGGUGGAUAUUAGCAACAGAGAAAAUGAAAUUCGCAACCAGCUUAUUUGGGGAUCCUCAGAGCUAGACAUCGUUUUUAUUGCUGGAAUGCCUGGUUUAGGCAAGACAACAUUGGCGAGGAAGGUGUAUAGCAGUCUUAAUGUCACGCGCCACUUCCAUGUUCGCGCAUGGUGCACUGUUUCCGAAAAAUAUGAGAAAAAGAGAUUAUUGCUUGAGAUUCUAACAGGGAUUUGUGAGCCCACGGAAGAGAUUCGGCAAAUGAGGGAUGAAGAUCUCAAACAUGAAUUGCAUAAGUUGUUACUUAAAAACAGGUAUCUCAUAAUUAUGGAUGACGUUUGGGAUGCUGAAGCUUGGAAUUACUUGAAAGACUCAUUCCCAAAUAAAAAGAAUGGAAGUAGAAUUCUCUUCACCGGUCGCCUCCGUAGCGUGGCCCUGGAAAUUAAACAGGAAGGAGAAGGUUAUCCUCUUUCUCUUAGCCUUUUUUCUCAGGAGGAAAGCUGGCAGCUGUUAAAAAAGAAGGUAUUCAAGGAAGAAGGUUGCCCUGAUGAGCUGUUGGGAGUUGGAAAUGAUAUUGCUUACCGCUGUCAAGGAUUGCCUCUUGCUGUUGUUGCAGUUGCUGGUAUACUGAAAAUGACAGAAAAAAGCCAAAAUUCGUGGAAAAGAAUAGCAGAUACCUUGAGCUCACAAAUAAUUGACAAUGAAGGAGCUUGGUGCAAAGAAGUCAUAGAUCUCAGCUACAAACACUUGCCAGAAUAUCUUAAAUUGUGCUUUCUGUAUUUGGGAGCUCUUAAUGAAAAUAGAGAUAUUCUUGUCAGCAAGUUGAUAAGGUCUUGGAUCGCAGAAGGUUUCAUACCAGAAACUAUGGAAGGCUUUGAAGAUGUGGCCGAGGCUUUCUUGAUGGAUCUGAUUGACAGAAGCUUGGUGAUAAUCUCCAAAAGAAGAUCCAACGGCAAGGUUAGAGCAUGUCGCCUCCAUGAUCUUGUCCUUGAUUUCUGUAAGUCUAAAACCAAGGAUCAGAACUUCUUUCAGCUGAUAAACAGAUCUGACAAUCCAUAUGCUUCAUUUCCUAGUACAGAUUACGGUUUUGAAUUUGAUUUUUACUAUCAUUCAUCUCCUGCAUCAUUUGCAUCCUAUCGGUUGGCUGUAUAUUUGAAGCGAAACCACUUUGUUGAAUCAAAUCCUUCUGGCUUGGCCACCCGUUCUUUGUUGUUCUCUGCGUGUACAGAUUCUAAACCAGACCGUCCUUAUGACAUCUCAUUCAUUUGGGACAAAUUCAAAUUACUUAGAGUGUUGGAUUUUGAAUGCUUCAACUUGGGUAUUUCAUUUCCUGUUGAAAUUGGACUUCUGGUACAGUUGAGAUAUUUAGCAGUUGGAGGCUAUCUGAAAUCCAUUCCACAAUCGAUAGCCAACCUCAGGAAACUAAGAAUUCUUAUUGUUAAUGGGUUAAGCGGUAAGAUCAUAUUACCGAAUACUAUUUGGAGCAUCACAAGUUUAAGGCAUCUUCAUGUAAAAGUCCAUGUUGCUUUCGACUCAGAUGAUAAAGAGCUUGGUGAUGGCUCUAUGUUAGAAAAUCUGGUCAGCUUUUCCUGUCCAUCGCUUUCUUGUGGUGAGGAUGCAGAAAGGAUAAUAAAGAGGCUUCCAAAUCUUUGCAAACUGAGUUGCAUAUUCUAUGAAUCACCAGAUUCUUCCACGAACUGCAAUCAGUUUCCGAGAUUGAACUGUCUAACUCAUUUGGAGUCACUCAAGAUAUUCUAUUGUGGAAGCCCUCUUAACAAUGGUGAGUUCAACCUCCCUUUGAAUCUAAAGAAAUUGACUUUAUCAAACUUUCGCCUUCCGUGGAUUCGUAUUUCCACAAUUGGGAGACUACCAAACCUGGAAGUUCUCAAGUUACAUUCUGGUGCCUUUGAGGGGAAAAUAUGGAAUGUUGAAGAAGAGUUUAAGAAUCUCAAGUUCUUGAGCUUAGACAAUCUGAACAUUGCUCAAUGGAAUGCCUCUUGUCAUAAUUUCCCCAAGCUUGAAAGACUUGUCUUGCAAAAUUGCAAAGACCUUGAAGAAAUUCCGGAGGACUUUGGUAUGAUAGGUUCAUUGCGAAUGAUUGAAGUGAACUGGUGUGGAAAAUCUGCAGAAGAAUCAGCAGACCAGAUUAAAGAAGAUUAUGGAGAUAUCAAAGUCUUUAUUAGGAGUUCAAAUUUGAGAUCAUGAGCAUGAUUUGGAUCACAUACUCGGAAUUGGUGCUCUAAGGAAAGGGAGGUUGAUGUCUAUAACUUGAAGAUUCGGCUGGAACUUUAAAGGUUUUUGUUCACCACAAGCAAGAAGUUGAUACCAAGCUCUGCAUUACAUUGGAACCUUGUAAUUUUGUAUUGUAGAUUAUAUUUUUGACCUAAUGUAGCAUUCUGGUUGUGAUUGCUAUAGUUAUUGAGCUCUGCCUACUUGUUUUAUGCUGAAUUCAUGAUGAACUGAUGAAGAAGGGAGCUACUAGAUGUGUUAUCGAUGCUUGUUUGAUGAAACUGAAAUGCAAUUGCUUGUUAUUAUCAA